CAUUUAAUGUAACAUUGUUAUUGGGAAACAGACAAACACCACACAAGUUCCUGAAGGCUCUUUUGUUGUCAUCUGAUUUCAUGUGAGGAUAUAUAUAUAUAUACGUUUCUCCCUCCCCCUCCCAUAGGUUUCACUCAGGUUUAUAGAAGUAAAGUGUGUUAAAAUGAUUCAUAUUUCUUUUGAAGCUGCUGGAGUUACAUGAACGUACCAACCCCUUACAAAGGCAAGUUUCUCUUGUAAACAUUUGAUUCUUUUUAUUUUGUUUAUUUUUCGGUAGAUUUGAUUGAGGCCCUCACAGCGCGCUUAGGUGCUGUUGGACUUGCGUCCCCAACCGUGGUUGGUGAGGGUCUCAGUGAUGAAUGAUUCCAACUAUGUAGUGUUAAAAGAAAUUCACGACUCAUCAGCCUCUAGCUUUAUCCUUAUUUCAGGUUUGCUUUUAAUAUGUCCUGGUCAAGAGGGUACCUGUAUGCAUCCUUUGUAAUGUUUUAUGAAUCUGUUGUAAUAAAAUUCAUCUUGAAAUUCAACGCUGGUUUGUCCUGACGUGCGUGGAGGUGAGUGAAGGUUUGUACUGGCGCACUUAUCUUAUGGCUCUUUUACCGGAUUUAAUCAGGUAUUUAAUAACCAAGUUUGCUAUCAUCGCUCUCUCGUGUGUGUGGAUCUUAAAGUGCUAAAGAAAAUCCUCUUCCGUUAAGUUGGAAACGGAUACAAGAUUUAGUGUUCUCAAAUCUUUUAUUCCACCAGCCUAAAACUAAGAUGUUGGCCAACUUUUGGUUCUGAAUUCGUCAUGUUACCUCAUGAUGAUGACGGCCAUGACUGCAGAUUAUAUAGAACUAGAUGCAGUCAACCCGAGUGAAAGGAACUAAAUUUAAUUACUGAUUCAUUGAUUCUUAUUUUUUGUCUGGACAUGGUUAGCAGUACAACAUUAGAUUUUAAUAUCUCAGUCGUGUCCCCAUUAGGGGGGGAGGGGGGGGCGAGGCAAGCAAAUCGAGCAAAUCAACAAACCCAACAAUACUCUGGCUCUGUUAAAUUCAAUUUUUUUAAUAGUGAUUCAUCCUGUUUUAAACUCCAGACUCGAACCUCUACUCGGUCAGUGGUUGUGUCUUGCGACUCUUAAUUCCCUGAAUUACAUUUGCGUCCUCUUGCAAAAGAGUUUCAAAAUGUAACGAUGUAAUCUAAAAAACUAACCACUGCAUCAGCAAGAGUCGUGAGGAAACCCUCGCAAGCAGCUGAGAAACUCGAGAUAAACAAAAAGCUCCGUUGCUUGAUUAUUUACUGCAGCGCUAGUUUGUAUUGCUGGGUGUUUCCUUUUUUUUUGUCCAUCCUUUUCUAUUCAAAAUGUUCAUAAUCGCAAACUCCGAUCUCAACCACAAUGAUCCUGUGGGAGAUUUCUAUAGAGGGCAAUCUAUGUUAUAGAGUGGCACAAGUCUUGCACACAUCACUUACUGCUUUGUAUUUGUUUUUGUUUGUAGCCCAUCAUAUCAGCCUUAAAACCCACUCGGCUGGCAUGAAAAGGUCAGUUAAACCCAGUACUGAAGAUGGCUGCUGGGCUCCGGUACCUGGCGUGUCUGGGCACUCUGUUUAUCACACACACUGGAAUUGUCUGCAGUGACAUUCGGUUCCUGGAGCGCAACGAGGGGGACUCUGUGCUGCUCCCCUGCGCGGUGGAGGGAAUGAGCACUCCUCCCUUCGGAGUGUACCUGAGGAGCAGCUGGCUGCGGCCCCGCGACGUGCUGUUCAAGUACACCAACAGCGACUUCAGCGUGGAGGAGGAGGACGACAAGGAGCGCAUCACGGUCAGCGGAGACCCGAGCAGCCACGCCGUCAACGUGACCAUCGCGCACCUCAGUGCGCGCGACACGGACCGCUACUACUGCGAGUUCGUGGCCACCAACCCGUCCUCUGUGGACGAGCGGAGACGGGGGGCCACGGAAUUCUUCCUCCUCGUUAAUGCUGAUGCCCCGUGGUCGGCGGACAUAGGGUUGGUAGAGACGUGUUCCGGGGGUUCGGCCGUGCUCCCCUGUCUCCCCCCACACGGGGGGCCCCUGACCCUGGCCGUGGAGGGGGUGAGUCUGAAGCGGCAGAGGGGCCGGGCGCCCGUGGAGGUGCUGUACCACUCAAAGCGUCACCACGGCCCUCCGUCCUCCUCCUCCAUCUCCCCGUUCCCCGUCGAGAGGGUCCAUCUGUCCUCGGCGCCCGGUCCCGGGGGCCUCACCUACAACCUCACCCUGCUGCAGCUGCAGCCGGACGACAGCGCCCUGUACAGCUGCCAGCUGCUCCUGCGCGGCGAGCCCGACGCCAGCAGCGGCCUCGGGAGGCGUGCGCUCUUUGUGUCCGUGCAAGGUGGUCAGUGCGGCUGCUCCGACUACUCCACUCUGCUCUACGCUCUGUCCUCCGCUGUGGCCCUCCUCAUCCUCCUCCUCGCAUUUGUGGCGAUCUACAAAGGCAAAGCACGCCGCGGUGUCAAGUCACACCCUCAGGCCCCCAUCUACGAGGAGAUGACUGCGGCACGGCCCGCCAGUCGGAAGCUGCAGCCCCGGCAGCUAGAGGAAAUGGAUUCCUCCGAGUACACAAACUGCCACGUGAAGAAAUCCUGUCCUGAAAACCAUUACGAGAGCCACAGCGAGGCCCCCGGCGCCAGGAGUGAGGCCCUCAAAUAAAAUAUUAGACUUUGUGCACCGGCAUCGUCGCCGACGCCAUGCUGAUCAACUCGGGCUGAGUUGGGCCUCCAACAGGUUCUGCCUGUGGCGUCUUUCAUCUCAUGUGUAUUGGACUGUUUGGAAGAGUGAGUCUGUAUUUUGUUGGUAUUUUUAAAAAAAUCGUGAUUGUUUUGGGCUAUUUCUGAUACAUUAAAAGUACCCGGCAGAGUUUUGUAAACCGUGAUCUCUAUAAACCGAUAUCACAGUGCAGAA